AUGGCCGUGGACAUCACGCUGCUGUUCAAAGCCAGCGUGAAGACGGUGAAGACCCGGAACAAGGCGCUGGGGGUCCCGGCCGGCGAGAGCCCCAGGGAUGAGCUGCUCAAGCGGGGCAGCCAGCGGCCCAAGAGCGACUUCUCCUGCCGGGCCCGCGAGGUGAUUACUAAUAUUGGGAAACUGAAGGAUUUUCUUCUGCAACACAGAAAGGAUUACAUUAAUGCUUACAGCCAUCUUAUGUCGGAAUACAUUAGGAUGACAGACACAGAACGUGAUCAGAUUGAUCAAGAUGCUCAGAUAUUUAUGAGGACAUGUGCUGAUGCCAUUCAACAGCUGAGAACGGAAGCACACAAGAAUGUCCAAUCCCCACAAGUGAGGGAGCACAGAGCAGCCGUCUUGGACUUCACUGAAGAUUAUUUAAAAAGAGUGUGUAAGCUGUACUCUGAACAAAGAGCCGUCCGAGUCAAACGAAUGGUAGAUAAGAAAAGAUUGUCCAGGCUUGAACCUGAACAGAGCAAUAAAGCUCAAGCACCCUCUUUCCCGGAAAAAAUUGUACAGAAUUCUUCAGAAGAAUCUAAUGAAAAACUUGCUUAUGAGGAAAACAAAGAUCAGAAUCUGACAGAUGCCCACACUAACUUGGGGCUAUGGGGGGAUGGCAAAGGUGAAGAUGAACUGUCACCUGAAGAAAUUCAGAUGUUUGAACAGGAAAACAAGCGACUUGUUGGUGAGAUGAAUAGCCUAUUUGAUGAAGUGAGACAAAUUGAAGGGAAAGUGGUUGAAAUCUCCAGACUUCAAGAGAUAUUCACAGAAAAAGUCUUGCAACAGGACACCGAAAUUGACAAUAUUCAUCAGUUAGUUGUGGGUGCAACAGAAAAUAUCAAAGGCGGCAAUGAAGACAUAAGAGAGGCAAUCCAAAAAAACGCUGGAUUUCGAGUAUGGAUCCUUUUCUUCCUUGUAAUGUGUUCAUUCUCCUUGCUUUUCCUGGACUGGUAUGACAGUUAAUAAAACAAAGCCUGUGUGCUAUGUUUGUAUAAGAUUUAGACAUUCCUCCUCUCAAAGCAGGAUACACUCUCUGCAAAUGUCAUACUGUUGUGACUGGAAAAUAUUUUCUAGCAAAAAAAAAAAAGUAUGUGUAUGUACGUACAAAAAAGUGUGUGUGUGUGUAUGUACCACUCUUGCAGUGAACAGAUCAACACCAUUUAAGUCCAUUCAGCAGCUUCAUAAAACAAGAGAGAGUCUUCCAAAGCUAAAAACUUUGAAUCAGCUAGCAAGUAAAAAGCAGGCUCAAGUUUAGUAAGUUGCAAGAAAUUUUCAAUAAAAUGUAAAUUAUACAUUUAGGAAAUUAUAGCUCCCCAAGCCAAUUAGUGGAAAGUUCACAAUGUAGACAAGAUGUACAAUGAAGAAAAUUGUUGCAAUGCAGACAGGGUUGAGCUUUUCUAUCUAUUGUCUCAGGUUUCUUUUUUAGUCACAUCACUCAUUACAAAUUGUAAUAACCUUGUACAUCUGUGACAGCCACUCCUAAUCCUGUAGAAUUAGUUUGUGCAGCGGUCAUUUGUAUUUGUUGGAAAAUAAUUGUCUCUUAAACACUGUUAUAAAGCUUUACUUAUGCUAGGUUCCAAGAAGUGUCAUGUAUGUUAAAUUAUAGUAAACACAUUGUGAUGCAACUGAUGUAUUGAGAUGUUGGAGCAAAGCUGAAGAAUAGAUAACAUGGAAGCCAAACUUUUUGAAGUAUUAAAGUUGUUAACUACGUGUUCAAAAAACAAACCUCAGAAGCUGUUGGAGCCAGGAGCUUAUGAACCACCUCCUGUUGAAGUCAGAGGGAAAACUCCCUUUGACUUCAAGGGCUGCAGCAUCAGUCACCAAAUGAGUUUUAUGUUUCCAGCUGCCUGAAAUUUUUGAAUGUUUUCUUUUGAGGAUAGUAAUUAGUCUUACUGUUCAGCAGAUGGCUGUACAGUGAAGUUGUUUACUGGUCUAAGUUUAAGGGAAAAUAUAUUUAAAUCACAUCUCUGGAGGAUAAUAAUGAAAAGCAAAUCUUAUAAAAUUUGAAUUUAUGUUUUUGGUAAAAAUUUUGAUUUAAAAGUUCAUUUUACUGUGUGUCUUGAAAUGUAUGUCAACAUACAGUAUGCAACAGGCAAUAUCAUCCUUAUUCUUUAUUUUGCAUGAAGUGAAAAUGUCAAAAGUUACAUGUGAAUUAAUUUACAUUCAAUAAAGUACAUGUCUAC